AUGUCUAAAGAUGGAGUAACUGAUUCCAGUUAUGAAUUGUAUAAAGAAGGUGGAAUUAUUCAUAAUAGAUACCAAAAAAUAGAAGAUAUUAGCGAGGGUUCUUACGGUUAUGUUUCAUUGGCAACAGAUGUGAAAUUAAAAAAGUUGGUUGCAAUUAAAUAUAUUUUUAAAAUAGAUGACGAUGAUGAUGAAGAUGAUCCUGACGACUGUGAUGAUAAAGAUGCUGUUGCCAACAAGAAUAUCAACGACGAUAUGUAUAAUUCUUCAAAUGAAAAGAAACACCAACUGUUACAAAGAAGAUCAGCCAUUUCUGAAAAAAUUAGAAGUAAGUUAUCAAACAAUAUCUGCUACGAAGCUUUGCACGAGGUUGAUAUGCUAACAAAGAUUGGAAAACACAAAAAUAUUAUUGAAUUGUUAGAUUUCUUUGAUUCUUAUAUUAUUAUGGAGUAUUGCAAUGGUGGUGACUUGUAUGAAAACAUUAAGGCUGAUUUAGUUCCACGCAGUACUAAGAUGGUUACACAUAUCGCGCUCCAAUUAAUGGAUGCUAUAGAGUUUGUACACAGUAAGGGGAUUUAUCACCGUGAUGUUAAACCGGAAAAUCUUUUGAUUGCAGAUACCAGGAGCUGGUCUAUUAAGUUAACUGAUUGGGGAUUAGCUACAACUGAUAAGACUUCGAUGGAUAGAGAUGUUGGUUCAGAAAGGUAUAUGGCUCCUGAGCUGUUUGAAAGUAAUUUAGAUGGAAGUGAGAAGGGUUUGCCUUAUGAUUGUGCAAAGGUUGAUAUAUGGUCUAUUGGAAUUGUCAUGCUAAAUGUUGUUUUCCACAAAAAUCCAUUUAGUGUGGCUAACCAAACCGAUAAAGCUUUUUGUUAUUUUGCUGCUAAUAGGGAAGCUCUCUUUGAUAUUUUCUCGUUAAUGACUCCUGAUUUUUUCCAAGUUUUAUUAUUUGCCCUAGCCAUUGAUCCUACACAUAGAGAUUUAAAGAGGAUGAAGGAGGAAUUGAAGAAGAAUUUGAAAGCAUAUACUUUUGAUGAUGACAUUUAUAACGCUGAAGACUAUGAAUUAUAUAAAGAUGUUAAAGUGGAGGGUAUGGAACAACUUUCCAAGAAACAACAGAAUAAGGAAGAGAAAUCAGAAGAGCGUGAGGAAAAGAAAGAGUCACAGGCUAAAUUACCUCCAAUUACUGUCGACAAGAUUACUCCGGUUCCUUCAAACAAAGUUACGCCCAGUAAUAAAAUUACUGAAGAGGUUCCCAAAUAUAGAUUUAGGAAAAGAAGCCAGGUGGGUUCUUCUAAACCAGUUGUUAUUGAGCCUUACAAUUCAUACACUAAUAAUAACAGUACUUCAUAUCACAGUCCUCAUUAUAACAAUGGUUAUAGUACCAAUCAUUACAAUCCUCUGAAAAUUGACAAGAAUAAUAGGAAACCGUUGGCUAUUCCAACACCUAAUAGCCACAUUAACAAUUACUUUGACAAUUAUAAUAAAUCGAGUAAUAACAAGAAUUCGUUUAAAACCAAGGAUUUUUUUACACCUCCAAGCGUUAAAAACAAGUAUAUCGAGGGUUAUUUUGAUCAUCAUAAUAAGUGGAAAUUGAGUACCAAUGCGGGUAAUAACAGCUCUGGUAAGGGCUAUAACAAGCAUAGCAGUGGAAAACAAAGUUCAAAUAGUUUUAGUAACAACAGCCACAGCGGUGCCUAUAUGCCUAACAUUAUCCGAGUUCUGAGCGAUAGCCCUGACGAGCCACCAAUGAAUACAACAACUUUCCACGAAUAUCAUCAUUUACAACAACAGCAACAACAACAACAACAACAACAACAAAAGAAGAGCACGCAUAUUAGCAAACACUCACCAUCACCACCACAUAGCCAUCUGAACUCUACUUUGAAUAAUACAAUUGCAGGUAAUAACGACCACAGCUCCCAUGAGGAUGAUAUAUUGUUUACUUUGGAGGAGGACGAUUAUGUAAACCAAACCAGUGAUAUGGAUGAUGAUUUUACUCAAUUUGACUUAGAAGAUACCACUAUCAAUAUGAUCAACAAUAAUAUUUCUAACAACAGCAAUGAUAGUGUUCCAGAGCUAUUAAAGUCACCUGUUCAGGAACAUGCUAACUUGGUGAAUAAUGCACUUAACCCGUUUGGGCAAGCCGGCCUAAAUUAUCCUGCUAAAGGUGUUAGUAAGAAUGUCAAUGAUAACAGUAACACUACAUACAAUAACAGUCACUACAGCAGCGGUAGCAAUAUAAAUAUUCGGAGAUCAAGUGACGAUCAUAUUACUAAUGCAAAACCUAAUUCUGCUGAUUCGAAUAGCACUAGUAAUUUAUACAUUCCACCACACCACAGAACAUCAAGAAACUCAUUUAUUGGUAAUAAUGGGGAUACCCGUGCGACACUACUUUCUUCAAACACCAACUCCGCACCGAUUCCUUCUACAUCACCAUCUUCGACUAAUACGAGUGCUAGCAGUGCCAAUAAUAGAAGGGUUUCAUCUAGUAAACAACAGCAGCAACCUUAUCAUCACCAGCACAGUAAAACUAGUGAUUUGGAUAAUAGUAAGUACACAUUUAAAAAUAACACUGGUUAUGGUACUAAUCAUUAUGGUGGGUUCAAGGCUCCAUUUUAUAAUUUUAAAACGCUAGCUUCUUUGUCCACUACAGCAAUUGAGAAAGGCGAUGUUUUUCCUAAUCAAAACCGUCGUAGUGGACAUUAUGAUACUGAUGAACAUGCACUCACGUUUUCUGACGAAGAUAAUGAUAGCAGCGAUAUUAACAAACAACAACAACAACAAAUCUCCUAUCAUCCUAGGCAUAAUGCCAGUAGUUUUAGUGAUGCUAGAACUCGUCCUUAUAGAAAAAGUUUUGGAACUAUCGGCACAAACGGUAACAAUGGAACUAACGGUUUACAACAGUCUGAGUCUGCUGUUACUAAUCAUAGAAAUGUCGAUGCUAGCAAUAAUAAUGAUAUUAAUAGCGGAUUCGGAGGCGAUAUGGAAAAUGGAAGAAGGAGUUCAAUUCAAAGUGAUCUGGUUGGCUCCUUGGAACAAUAUAAAAACAAUUGGGUUAUGUUACAGCAACAUCAGGAUUGA